AUGUCCUCCUUUACAGUCUUAGCAUUGGCUUCGCUCAUAGGAGCAGUUACGUGUGGUAAUGGGGGCAGUUAUGUUCUCCCGGGGAAUUAUGGAGAAAACAAUGGUCAGUUCGUACCAAGCGCUGUAGGACCUGGCCAAACUUCAUUCUCUGCAAUCGACUUCUCUUCCCACUUCACUGACCAGUCAUUCCGUCGCAACCAAAAUGGAGGAUAUAACCCUCGUACAGUUUCCUACAGAGCUUCGCAACCUCACUUCGUACAACAAAAUCCUACAGUGGUGAUGCCUCUUGCUCCAAGAUCAAAUUUCAGAGGACUAACAGAACAUGCCAUGCACAGACAACCCUACCGCCAACUGACGACAAGACCAAAAUUCAAUUCUGCUGGAGCAAAUUCUUAUGUUGCACCAGGUGGAUACGCUGGACCCGGAUACGAGACUGGUAUUGAUCAAAACCCGGCUCCAGAAGGUUACGUGACAGCUCCAGAUGUGAACUAUGAGGUUGAGGUAGAACACUCUCAGCUACCAGAACAACCUGAGCAAUACGGACCGAAAAUGCCUGCACCACCACACACUUAUGAAGAAGAACAAGAGGAAACUGACUCUGAAUAUGGUUCAGAAUCUACCGACCCCUCCACUCUUCCUCCUCCAGCUUCAGGUUUCGCUCAGACGGAAUAUGGCAGUGGAGGUACAUCGUACAUGAAAAGGAACGUUAAAGUGAGAUCUACUGGUGAAAGAGAGAAAAGAAAAGGUGCACAGACCGCUUAA